GCACCAGCCCUGCACAAUGAAACAAUUAAAAACAGACAGGAAGCUCUGUGUUUGGGCUGCACACAGAGGUUUCUAGAAGGCCAGAGCGGAUCUGGAACUAUAGGCUUGUGUAAAUCAACUCAUGAAUUAAUUAGAUGUGUGCUAGACAUCCUAUAAUCUGGACAUUAAUAUAAGUGCUGUGGUCAGUAUUGAUCUGCUGUAAUUCUUAAUGCGCUCUUUAGAUCCAAAGAGUUCGCAAUUAAUAAACAAUUGGAGCUGUUUUAAGUGUGGAAUGCGGAUGGAUUUUCUUCUUUUUUUUUUUUUUUNAAGUGGGCAAAUGUGUGGAGUUUCUACGCUGGAGGUGGAGAGUUUGUGUUUAUAUCCUCAGGAUCAACUUCUUUCUCCACAGCUCCACCCUCGCCUCGGCUCAGAAAGGCUUUUUUUUUCUUUGUGCAGCUGCCCUGUAACAGAGGGAGGAACAGCUGGCUGAGGGAACAGCCAGCCCGGGGAGUCAGUCACAUUCCUGGCCGGGAUUCAAUGACUGAACCAGACACAAACAAACAGAGAGGGAGAGACUCGCACACUGAGCGAGUGAGUAGGGAGUCAGACUUGUGCGCCAGACAGAGCAGACCGAGCUUAUUUCGGGCGCACAUUCGGAGUGCGUAAAACCGCAGGAAGACUGAAACAGAGCUGGCAGAUCGGGGAGCGGACGUCGGACCGAACGGGUUGGAGUUUUUUGGCGACUUUCUUUGCGCGUAUUUUUGGGAAGCGCCCCUGUGAUUGCAGCCGCUUGACGCGCAGAAGCUUUUCUGCAGACAUGGGAAGGCGCGCUGCCGCCGGAUGCUGACGCCCGUUCCGAUAAUUUAAUUUCUUCUUUCAUUUUGAGUUUUGAACUCCCUUCUCCGGCCAAGACAACAUGGAGGGCGCCAGCUUCCAGCCCCAUCCCGGACUUCAGCAAACUCUGAAGCAGUUUCACCUCAGCUCCAUGCGCUCGCUCGGCGGCCCCGCGGCGUUCUCCGCGCGGUGGCACCAGGACUCGCUCUUCGGGAAAGAUGGCAAAUCGGCGGAGAUCGUGCUCUCGCUGCCGGCUCAGACCCCGCCGGUGAUGUCCGGGCCACUUUUCAUCCCCUCCGACCGCUCCACGGAGCGCUGCGAGACGGUGCUGGAGCGGGAGCCCAUCUCCUGCUUCGUGGUCGGCGGGGAGAAGCGGCUGUGCCUGCCGCAGAUCCUCAACAGCGUGCUGAGGGAUUUCUCCCUCCAGCAGAUCAACUCCGUGUGCGACGACCUGCACAUCUACUGCUCCCGGUGCACCGCGGACCAGCUGGAGAUCCUGAAGGUGGUGGGCAUCCUGCCGUUCUCCGCGCCCUCCUGCGGGCUGAUCACGCAGACGGACGCGGAGCGCCUCUGCAACGCGCUGAUCUACGGCGGCACCUACCCGCCCCACUGCAACAAGGACCUGGGCUCCCUGGAGCUGGAGCGCACGGAGAGGAGCUUCAAAGUCUACCACGAGUGCUUCGGCCGCUGCAAAGGCUUGUUUGUGCCGGAACUGUACAGCAGCCCGGCCGCCGCCUGCAUCCAGUGCAUGGACUGCAGACUCAUGUUCCCCCCGCACAAGUUUGUGGUCCACAGCCACAAGAGGCUGGAGAACCGGACAGUCCACUGGGGGUUCGACUCCUCCAACUGGCGGGUUUAUGUCCUGUUAGACCCGGACUACACCGACAAGGAGGAGAAAAGUCACCUGGAGCAACUGCUCAAAGAGUUGAAAGGAAAAUUUGACCCAAGUGGGAAACUGACCAGUAAACAAUGCAGAUCUUCCAGCCCAAUCCCCACCAAGAGACGCAAGUUUGACAAAUUACAGUCUCCAUCAGCUGACGGCGACAGGAAACCCCAUUGGUUACAGUCACUGUCGAAGUCUGCACAGAAGGAUCUGAAGCAGGUCCAGCUGAAGCAGAGGCCCUCUGCUUUCCGUCCCUGGUCUCCUAAAGUGGCAGAAAAAGAGAAACCAGCUGCUCAGGGCGAGAAGUCGUACUCAAAGAAUGAGGGGCCUGCAGCGGCUCCUGUGGCGGCGCUGCUCCAUCUCAAAGACAGCCACGCUCCUGUCAGGGGGCCUGCAGCGAAAUCCAUCCAUAACAGUGACACACAACCUUCAGCAAAGCCGAGCCAUUCUGUCAGCACAGAUCGAGCUGACGAUAUCGACACAGAUGGAGAGAUCGAUGUGGAUGAUUGUGAUGAGAGUCCAGUGCCAGCCUCCUCCCUAUCCUCACCUCCCUCCAUCUGCAACAGCGCCUCUCAGAGUCUGUCUCCUCAAAGCGGUGCCCGAGCUCCGGACAGACCCUCCUGGCUGCCGGGGAGUCUUUCUCCGGAGAUGGACGCCAUGAGGCAGAUGCUGUACGGUGGACUGGAGACCAAAGAGGCCCGGGAAAAAGUCCUGCAGGAGAUCGUCAGGAUGAGGGUGAAGCAGGAAGAGAAGUUGGCAGCUGCUUUGCAAGCUAAGCGCAGCCUUCAGCAGGAGCUGGAGUUUGUGAGAGUAGCUAAAAAGGGUCGUCUUCGUGAUGCCAUUGAGGCCAAGCGCAACCUGCGUAAGGAGAUCGAGCGCCUCCGCGUGGAAUUUGAGCGGAAGAUGAGAGAGGCGGAGGAUUCGUGUGGGCGGCUGAAGAGAGAGCUGGAGAAAGAGACAAAGCUGCGAGUUUGUGACAAAGGCUGUGAGGCCGAGAGUCUCCAGAUCAAGUACUCCAGUCAGAUUGAGGAGCUGCACAUGGAGCUGCAGCAGGCGGAGGCUGAUCGCGAGCAGCUGAGGCAGGAGCUGCAGCAGGAGAGAGAAGCUCGCCAGAACCUGGAGUGCGCCGUUAAGACCCUGCAAACCCAGCUGGCGCUGAAGGCCCACAGCAGUCCCCACGGCGACUGCAAGGACACAAACACACAAACAAGCAAACAAAGUCACCCCGCACAGCCGAGGAAUGGACCCUAAAAGUUGCACAACCGACUCUGAUCCAGCCUUCAGAGGAAAGCUUUCGUCACAUAAUAAUAUGUUACAGUACAUCGAUAUUGUCAUGACAGUAUGAGUUUCACAUCAACUGGAAAGUAGCAUGAGCAUGUUGUAGAGAGUUACGCUACCAAAUACUUUCUCUGUGAUGAAAAAAGGUUUUUUUCUUGCCGCCGGGAACUUCCCGGCACUCUCCAAGGAUUUCUGGUUUUGGUAUAAGCUAUUCUAAGAUGUGCAAAUACAGCUACACAACACUACUUGAAUAUGAAGGGAGGAAAUGUGUUGCGCACGGCGAAACGAGCAGUUGAUGAAAGUGCCACAAAAAUACUGGUACACUCAGAGGUGUCAUUGCAGACCACUGGAAAAAAAGAGACACAAGUUUACCACUAUUUACUUCAAAUAUCCGCUCGCUUCUUUUUGUAAUUGUGCAGAGGUUGAACUUUUUUUUUUUUUUUUUUUUUUAUAUAAAUGCUUGCGCAACACUGUUAUUUUACAAGCAAGAAAAAAAGCAAACAUUCUUAAGAAAACAUAUACGCAUGUAUACCAGCUUAUGUACGUUUUGCAUUUUGUAAACCUGAAGUAUUAGAGGUUCUGUGGGCUGCCUUCAGGUCCGCUACCUGAAUGCUUAAAUAUUUUAUGGAAGUGUUCAUUUUCUUUUUGUUUGUUUGCCGUUUCCUAAUGAUAUUUUUUGCUCCCAAACCACGUGAAAAAUAGCAAAUAUUUAUGCCCACAUUAGUCAGCAUAAGGCAACAAACACUCCUUUAAAUGAAAAAAAAGGAAAUGUUCACCUUUUUUUGCGUGGUAAAAUGCGGUACUUCUGAUUUUCUAUGGAGUAUUGUAAAAAAAAUAAAAAAAAUAUUUUUAUUCUGCAAAAUUUUGCCCCGCUCAACAGGAGGCAUUCAUUUUUAGUCACUGGUUUUAGAGCUCUUUAAAUCAACCGUUGCUGUUUAUAUGAACAACGUUUCUACAUACAUACAAAAUAUGGAUAUAUAUUUUUUUACUUUAAGAAAGUAAUUGCACUUUUUAGAAGAAAGAACCCUGCAUUGUGCUCCCUGUUACAUUUGUUUUUCCAACCGGAAAUGAUCCUAAACCUUAAAAAAUGAAAAACACUCCCUCAGCGUGUCCUCUGAUGUAAAUAAUAUGGUAUUGUAAAUAAGAUAUUUGUUGGAAUGAUGUUUGAUUUGCUGAUUUUUUUUUGUUUAUUUGCUCUUACUUGAAACCAAAAAGCAGAUUUUAUUUGGAUACUCAAAGCUCUAAUUUCAUUGUUGCUGAUCCCUGGUUUACAAUCACAGGGCAUUUAUCGGACUGACAGACUUUUUUGGUUUAAAGCCUCGUUUGUUGACCUGACACGCCAAGAGAAUAGUUUAAUCUUUCCCUUUCUUUUGUUCUUGUUAUGGAGAUUAUCUUUAUUAUUUGAUUUAUCAUAGAGUAUAUAUUACAUCUUGUACCAAAAACUGACAAAUGGACUACGAUUCUCUGCACUUCCAGCUUCCUUGUCACACAUAUAAAGUAGUAAAUUCCACAUAAUUAUUGUUUCAAACAUUUUGGCUCUCUGACAUGUAUUAGACAAGAAAACACUUUUAUGUCUUACCAUUAUGAUACCCUCGCUCAGUAUUUGUUGGGUACUGUGUAUUAGAAAUAUCCAAUUUGUUAGCUGAUGCUGUUGUAGUUUUGGUCUGGAUAUGGGUUUUUGUUUGCCUCUUGUUUCAAUGUUUUCUUUUUCCUUCAGAAAACUUGUAUAAUACCUAAUAAAUCUACAUCAAUUCUACAGAC